AUUGUGAAAAUUGUUUUUUUUUCUUUGUUUCAGACAUGAGAUGUUGUGGAACUCCCUCUUCCCUCCACAUGCAUGGAUUGCAGGCUACAGCAUCCUUUUCUGCUUGUCCUCACCCUACCCUGCCUAAAAUAAAUAUGCAACAUGCAAUGCCAGCAAAUCAGUAAUUGCACUGUGCACUGAUGUAACACUCUGAUCUAUCAUUUUUAAUUAGGACAUAGCCAACUUACAAUUAUCUUGUAUUCAUGUCAUUCAUGAUAUCUAUCACUUUUCCUAACAUAACGCAUGAUGUUGUACACUAAUUGUAUGUGCAUUUAUCAGCUUCCAUCCGUUACACAUUGUGUGUAACAUCGGUUAUAUUUCCCAUGCACUGUCUGGCACUGAGGUGUCUGACGAUGGAGCUGUACAAAAUGACAACCCAGUGGCGCAGUGAUGUCAGGAUGCACUCAAUGAACCUGAUACGCGUGGCCAGCUUAUUGGCUCUAGUGGCCAAGGGAUUGAUUUGAAACGGGGGAUACCAGAUUUUCUGUGUCGUGUCAAAUUGUGUGCGUAAAUCUCUCCAGUGAUGCCCCUGCAAUUCUUGCUCACAUGUGCAACGACUGCCACUUGCAAAUAAGUCACUAUUGCAGACUCAUAACAGGUUAUCACUGCCUACAAGACGGACAAAGAAGGGAAGAAAUCCACCUCCCUUGCAUAUGGUGCAAAGUGCAAACGUUAAAGGGAACGUACAGUAUGCAUCAUCGCUCCUUCAUCACCGUUCGAAAUGGCACGCGUUGCGAGUUCAUAUUUGCGCGUUAUAGCCCUCAAUUUCGCAGCGAUUUUGCCAUCAUGCCAAACGACUGUCCAUCGGGCUAUCUCUGCCUCGCAUCGUAAAAGAGGCGAUGGACUCCUUGCAUACAACCCACAUAAGCCAGGCUCAGAGCACAACAGAUGAGAGACACUGUAAUUGCAUGCACACUGGCACACAUUCAUGACCGUCGACUGUAAGUGUGGUUCCCAUGCCCAUCCAAAAGAUGGCGAUAUCACACCAUUCUAUACAUCACGCGGUUGCAAAAGCGUAAACAAAGUAAUACGCAUGGAAGAUGGCGGGAGUGUCAGUGUGCCAUAACUCCGUGGUGAAAUUUUAACAUUGUGGAUAUUCCUGCGUUCGCAUGCAUGUGACUAAAUCCAAACAACGUUGUUUAUGUGAAAUGCCGAUCACGUGCAGUCCCUUCUAGAGACGCAAUGUAGAAUCUCACCAUGUCUGACAGGGCAUUACCAGAAUGGAUGUCAAGUGUGCAGAACUCUCACAAGGAAUCAAAUAAGCAGUCCGGUCCUUUGAAGAAGAAUGUGCUCGAACCAGACUUGCCAUACCUGGAAUUUGCUGGCACCAUCAUAUACAGCCAUGAGAAGAAUGACUGUUCAUUUCUUUCAGAGGAUUUAAGGUUGAGCCUGCCUCCUGGCUCUGCAGUAGGCUUCGAUCUGGAAUGGCCUCCGUCCUUCACCAAGGGCAAGACCAAGAAGGUGGCCAUGGUCCAGAUGUGUGCCUCCCAGGACAAGUGUUAUCUGUUUCACGUGUCCUCCAUGACAGGAUUUCCCUCCGGCCUAAAAAUGCUUUUGGAGGACGAGACGAUUAAGAAGGUCGGCGUGGGAAUUGAUGGAGACAAAUGGAAGCUGAUGGCCGAUUUUGACAUCAAACUCAAGAACUGUGUGGAGCUUUCAGAUCUGGCUAACGAAAAGCUGAGGUGUGUGGAGAAGUGGAGUCUAGACGGACUGGUGAAGCACCUCUUCAUGAAGAAGCUCUUCAAGGACAACGGGGUCCGUUGCAGCCAGUGGGAUGAGUUCGAGCUCACUGAAGCGCAGAAGAGAUACGCUGCCAUUGAUGCCUAUGCCGGCCUUAUCAUUCAUCAGCAACUGGAGGCCAUUGCACACGGGAGGAGUGUUCACGGGAAUCUGAAAAACAAGCUCUCCCAACUAUUAAAGGACUUCACCGAUCUGUCAGAUAGCGUCUCUGAAGAAGUGUCUUGCACCAGCAGGGCCGAGGAACUGCUUGAGGAGAUUUCUCAGAGGCUCCAGUCCUUAAAAGAUGAAGUACUACCGAACAACACCACCACCACCACCUCAUCUGAGGAGUCACAGCCUGACCCUGAGUCCAAGCAGCAUCCUCCACUCCAGCCUCCCGUCUCCCUCAACACACAUGGAGCCACGCACACAAUCACUCCCCCCACCAUCAAACCAGAUCCGGACGAGUCCCCGCCACCUCUAGAAGGCCACAGUGGCUGGACAGACAGAGUGCCUAAGAAGGAGCCAGAGCACUGUGAGCCCUACUCUGAGGUGCCUUUUAAAGAGCCGAAGCCCCGGGGGGAGCAGAGGAAGAUGGAGGACGGCAGGAGUGCAGACACUGCUAGACAGUGCAUGAUGUCCCUGGACAUCUCCGAGUACGAGCUGCAGAUGAUUGAGAUGCAGGCCAGGCAGGAGGAACUGGACGAGCAGUCACGUAUGGAUUUCAAUAGUGCCGCUUUGUUGGAUUCGUCUGACCUGUCGUGCGAGGUCCUGAGUGAUGAGGAGCUGGAGAAUGAGAUGUUACAGUGUGUAGAGGAGGUGGAGAAGCAAAGUGAGAGACCUAAAACGCCCCACAAGGCGUCCCACGACCAGAAGCCACCUCAGAAGUCUGAAGAAGAUUUGGUCAUAGAGGAGGACGAUGACGAUAUUGAGGAGGAGGAAGAAGAGGAGGGCUUCGAUCCAUCUCUCCCGGAGCCCACCGCCGUACAAAUUAAAUGCCUGAAGACGUAUUUUGGACACCACAGUUUCAAACCGGUACAGUGGAAAGUCAUCCACUCUGUUUUGAGGGAGAGAAAAGAUAAUCUGGUUGUCAUGGCAACUGGCUAUGGCAAGAGUCUGUGCUUCCAGUUCCCCCCAGUGCUGUGUGGCAACAUCAGUGUGGUCAUCUCCCCUCUCAUCGCUCUCAUGGAGGACCAGGUUCUGCACCUCAAAAUGUCCAACAUUCCAGCUUGUUUUCUUGGAUCAGCUCAGACGAAAAAUGUAUCUGCUGAACUGAAAAAGGGACUCUUCCGAGUGGUGUACAUGACGCCGGAGUUCUGCUCAUCAAACAUGACACUCCUGGAGCACCUGAACAGCACUGUCGGCCUCUCACUGAUCGCCAUUGAUGAAGCCCAUUGUAUAUCCCAGUGGGGUCACGACUUCAGGAAUGCCUACAGGGACCUGGGAAAGCUUAAAAGGUCUCUUCCAAAGGUUCCCAUUGUGGCUCUCACGGCCACUGCCAGCCCUUCUAUACGCGAGGACAUCGUCAAAAGCCUCCACCUGAAGGACCCCGUCGUCACCUGCACCACCUUCGACCGGCCAAACCUCUACCUGGACGUCAACCGCAAGUCCAGCGACAUCUACACCGAUUUCAAACGUUUCCUCAACAAGAAGCAAGGGGGAGGCUAUGAGUUUGAAGGCCCGGUCAUCGUGUACUGCCUGGCUAAGAAGGAGGCGGAGCGCGUGGCCGACUCCCUGAGCAGGCUGGAGGUCCGCUGUGGGGUCUACCACGCCGGCCUGAAGAUACAGGAGAGGAGGGAGACCCACCACAGCUUCAUGCGCGACGAGAUACAGUGUGUUGUAGCCACUGUAGCGUUUGGCAUGGGUAUCAACAAACCGGACAUCCGUAAAGUCAUCCACUAUGGUGCCCCUAAAGAGAUGGAGUCCUACUACCAGGAGAUCGGUAGAGCCGGCAGAGACGGCCUACCAGCCUCGUGCCACGUGCUCUGGACACCCCAAGACAUGGCCCUGAACAGGUUUCUGCUAAACCAGACCAACAGCGAUAAAAUGAGGAUUUUUAAGAUGCAGAUGAUGGCUAAGAUGGAGAAGUAUCUCAAUUCAAACAGAUGUAGACGAAAGCUAAUUCUGUCCCAUUUUGAAGACAAGCAGCUGCGAAAGGUGACUUCAGGCAUCUUGGGAACCAGCAAAUGCUGUGAUAACUGCAAAUUUAGCUCUAGCAGGGCAGUUCUCAGUCCGAGUAAAGGGGAGCCCCACCAGAGCCUGCUGCAGGACUUUGGCGAUGGCACCUUCCAGCUUCUGGGGGCCAUUGACUCCCUCAACGAGCGCUUUGGAAUUACCGUCCCCAUUAUGUUCCUACGAGGAUCUACUGCUCAGAAGGUUCCAGAGAAGUAUCGGCGGCUGCCUCUGUAUGGGGCGGGGAAGAGCAUACCCGACACCUGGUGGAAAGCACUGGGGCGCGUGCUGGUCAUAGAGGGGUACCUCGCGGAGGCCAGCGGGGUUAGCAAGUUCACCACCCUCUGCAAGAUGACCCCCAAGGGCCGGACAUGGUACAGCAAAGCGAAGGAUGCCAGCCAGAGGACCCUCCUCCUGCCCCCCAAUCGGGACUUGUUCGUCAGGACCUCUGCUCCCAGGCAAAAUGAGACUGCAAACUCAAGGAACCAGGGUCUGUCUGCUGCACAAUCUCCCCAGCCGCCGGGCACAUUCUCCAGAUUUGAAUCCAACCGGUCUGGUAGAAACCUGGACUCACCAAGCAGGUCAGGCUGUCCUCCUCAUCAUCUUCCUCCUUCUCCUCGCGCAUCCUCCUCUUCCUCAGGACCGGCUGCCAAGUCCCAGCCUCCCCCCGUCUCUGCCAGAGAACUGGAACUCCAGGCGGAGCUGUACGGUAAGCUGGUGUCGGAGAGACAGAAGCUGGCCAGCACAAGGGACAUCCCCCCAGCCAUACUGGCCACCAACAAGAUCCUACUGGAUAUGGCCAAGACCAGGCCCUGCACUGUGGCCAGCCUGAAGCAGGUGGAUGGGGUGAGCGAAGCCAAAGCCACCAUGCUGGAGCCUCUGCUGCAGACGAUCCUGCAGUUCUGCAAGACGCAUGGCCUCAAGAUAAAUGUCCCAUCAUCCUCCACUCCGCCGCCACCGUCCUCUGGGCCUGUCCAGGCCUGUCCAUCCUCUUCUGCAGUGAGGAGCAACGUGCCCGUAGCACUGCCUGAUGGUGUCAACACCACAUACCGACUGUUUCAGCUGGAGGCCAAAACACUGAGGCAGGUGUGUGACGUGCGGAGCCUCCCCCAGCCAGUGGUGGAGGGUCACCUGGUGCAGGCGCUGGUGGCCAAUCACCCGCUGGACGUGGAGAGAGCCGGCCUCACGCCACACAUCCGCUCCACCGUCACGCGCAUCGUCACCGCCCCGCCCUUCAACUCAGAUGUGAGUGACAUGCGUGCGGUGCGUGCCAGAGUGCCAGAGGAGAUCAGUACCUUCCACCUGCGCCUGGCCGUCACCCUGCUGCAGAAAGAUGCCGUCUCCCAGGCAACAGCCACCGCCAACGCUGGCCAAGUGUCCAGUCACACAUCCCACGACCAGCUGGCCUGGAUAGAACCAGAGGCCAAACCAAAUCAAGUCCCCAAGAAGCAGACGACGCUGAGAACUGUACCACUGCAGCCCCCCAGAGUAGCGCCACAGCCUCCCCCUCCUCCUCCUGCUGCUCCUGCUCCGAUCUCAGCUCUCACGGCUGCUGCCCCCAGACCCCCCCAGGUGUCCUCCAGCGCCCCGCCUGACUUCCUGGAUGAGAUGGACGUCAGUGAGGACGACCUCUUCAGUGAGAUGCCCAUGCCAGAGGAGGAGGAUAUGGGGUGCUCCACCAGCACCCAUCCCACCACUUAUGGCAGCUCCCGCCCCAGAGAUGCCGCCCCAGUCGUCCCCCAGUCCUCUGGCAUGGACAUGGCCUCCUGGAACCAGGAGGAGCUGGACAAGGACACCCAGGACCUGUUCUCAGACUCCCCACCUCCCCAACAACAGAGUGCGAGCCAUCCGGGCAAGAGGAAGCUGCCAGAGUGGGCUGGAGCAUCUUCUCGAGCGCCACUUCCUUCAGCGUCAUCGAAGAACACCAAGCGCAAAAAAGGACUGUUCAUGUAAUCAGUUGAAAACAUUUCCGUUUCCUCAAAAAAAAAAGAAAAACGACAUUCAGAUGUCACUCAAUUUUUUUUCUUUUGGUCACUACACUGUACAUUCCCAAAGUAAGUUUGUGUAUAGUUUAUAUUGAUACAACAAAGUACAUACAAAGUAUUAAUGCAUGUAAAUGAUAAUAAAUAAUCAUAUAUUAUAAAUAAUCUGUAUGCUGAUGUUGUAGCUGUAUUUCACCACACACACAC